AUGUGCAUACGCUUCCUCAACGGCGCCCUCUACUGGCUAGCCCAAAUGCUUGGCGGCCUCCUCAUCGGCCUCCUCCUCGAACUGCCUGCCCUUGAUCGUCCAGCGCGCGCCCGCCUCGGCUGGGCCGUCCUCUUCGUCACGGGCAUGGUCAUCUGGGGCGGUGGGUACCGGUUCCAGCGGUGGCAGGACGCGCGGCGGGCCCAAGGCCACGCGCAGGACAUCGACUUUGCGCGGGACGGCGACGGCGGCGGCGCCACAGCCGCUGGACCAAUGGUGUUCGCGCAGUCCAACUCGACGGGCCGGGCGGCGGUCCUGGUCGGCGCGUAUAAGGCCUUUCAGGCGGCGGGCGGGGCCAUGGCGUGGCGGAUCAAUGCCCAGCGCACGAGUGCCAUGGCGCAGCUUACGAUGAAUUGGGGGUUGAGCAUGGGGGCGCUGGUCUUUGUUUUACCUACCGUGUUGGCGGUGACGAAGAGGACCGGUCCUCCGGAGGAGGCCGGCGUGGGAGGGGUUAACGAUGAUGGCGAGAAUGAGGAGGGGGCCCGGGGGAAGAGAGUCGAGGGAUUGUAGUGGUCUUGUGUUGGUAAAGGGGGAAUUCCAUGAUCGCCCGGUGUGACUUCUUGUUGUUCCUCUUUCGGGGCGGGAUUUUCUGAGAGUAGAUGGUGAGAUGAAGAUGGUCAUGGUUUGAGCUGAAGAAGGGAGGCCUGCAAGGCGAUCUCCAGUGUGGAGAUGAUCCCACUUGUACACAUAGAAGACUUGCAUCUUAACGAUCAGUAUGAG